GUAAUUAAUUGAAUUGCUCGCUAAGUUGCGGGGCCGUGAUGGAGAAUGGCCGAAGUGACCCUCUCACCCCUCCCUGUCAGCUGGUAUCCUGCGGCUCACGACCAUGGUCUUCUAUUUUACUAGCAAUGUGGUGGACCCUCCAGUCAGGCUGUUCAUGGGAAAUGACAAAUAUGAAAAUGAGGACCUCAUCAAGUGGGGCUGGCAGGAGGAUGUGUGGUUCCAUGUGGACAAAGUUUCAUCAGCUCAUGUCUACCUCAGGCUCAAUCCAGGCCAGACUAUUGAUGACAUCCCCAUGGCAGUGAUAGAAGAUGCUGCUCAGCUCUGCAAAGCAAACAGUAUUCAGGGCAAUAAGAUGAACAACGUGGAUGUAGUCUACACACAGUGGUCCAACCUACGCAAGACUCCAGGGAUGGAUGUUGGUCAGGUUGGCUUCCAUAGUGAAAAAGAGGUCCGCAAAAUUCGUCUAGAGAAGCGCAUCAAUGAAAUAGUGAACCGAUUAAACAAGACCAAAGUUGAGUCCCAUCCUAACUUCAGACAAGAAAGGGAAGAAAGAGAUCGACAGGAACGUAAUUUAGCCAAGAAAGAGCUCAAGGAGAAGCAACAGAAGGAAAAGGAGGAAUUAGAAAAAAGAAAAAAGGAACAAGAGCUUAAAAAUUACACCUCACUGUUUUCAUCAGCCAGCAUGAAGACUAACAAGAAUGCAGUUGAUGAAGAUUCUGAUGAUUUUAUGUGAUAUUCCAACAAGCAGUGUGUUGACCUACAAGAGUGAUUGUUGUUAAAACCAUGAACUUUAGUUACAUGGGAUAUCAAAGAAAUGCAUAGGGAAGGCUUUACUCACCAAAGGGGUGACAAUGACACCUCUGCUUUGGUUGUGAUAGUGGUGUAGGCAGAUAGGCAUGACUCACCAUUCACUCGUAUCAUGCAAGGUGGUCAACAGGUGAUAUCUUGUGCCCUUCAAUUGCUGAACUACAGAAAUUGAAUAAGUAUAUAACCUAAGACUUGUGUAUUUUUUUACAUUUAACAAAAUGGCUUUCUUUUUUUUAUUUAUUUUUUUUACAAUUAUUUUAGGUAUUUUCAAGCCAACUUUUUUUUAUAUAUUCAUUUAGCAGCAUAUUGUUAUGGCAAUAAUGAGGUCUUAUCAUAAGCCAAAUUAAUUUAUACAUGCUAAACAUGGAUUAUUUGAAACUUGGUCUUUACUUCUCAGUGCACCUUUGAGGGAUAAUGCUAUGUUUGUGUGCCAAGAUAGUGGGAUGUUCAGGUACAGUAAGAGGUUUUUUUGACAUGGGAUGAGUAUUGUCAGGUUUACUCUGGUUGAACCCACAUUAUCAAAACUUUAGUGAACAACUGGAAACAAUUAGGACAAACAGAGUUCUUUCUAAAAGUUCUUCAGAUAGAACUCCAUUUCAAACCAGCUUGACCAGUUAUGACAUGUUAAGUAGAAUUAUGGGCAUAUUCCCUCUUUCCUGUUCAUGGCCUUCACAUUGGUAGGCCUCAUUGUUGUCAUUAAAAAUGAGAAUACAGAAAAA